CCGGUUCCCCCCGCUAUUGGCGCUGGAUUCACACAGCUCUGCGAGAUAUAUUAUUGUGUUGACAAGGGAGAGAGACUUGGAAAGAAUUACUAUUAACUCAAGCUUGGCAACUGUAACUUCCUGCAUUUUCAUACAACACCUCAGUGCCAGUAGUUGAUUGGCCUACCGUAGUCGAUUGGCCUCCCUUCGAUAAUUGACUACAGACACUGAAUGGGGUGCCACGUCAGACACUGGAAGAAGAGAGAGGAAUCUGGCCAAGCUUGAAACAAAAUGUCUUCCAGUAGAGAAGAGGACCCUGGGGUCGAUGUGUGUGGCCUGAAGCUGAAGGUGGAGGUGCUGGAACGUGAGCUGAAGAUGUGCAGGGCAGAGCUCCAGAAGCUCCAAAAUCAACUCAGUCAAAGCCAGCAGCUUGAAAACACAGAUGACUACAAUGAAGAUCUCCGGCAGCAGGUCAAAAUGUUAAGUGCGGAGCUUCACGCACAGCAGAAGCAAGAGACAAAGACAGACGCAGAGACACAGACAGAGCGUCACACGUGGACAGAGACAGAGCAUCACACGUGGACACAAAUAGAUCACAGCAGGCACGACUAUGGAGGUUACCACUUUGGCGAGACAGAAACAGACGUUUUAGAAGUCGCUGGUGCAGAAACUCCCUGUGCUGUUGAUCCCCAAAGCGUGGACCUGCUCCAAUCAAGUCCGACACCAGGUGAAAGUAAAGAAAGUGGGAACACCGAUUCCAAUAGUUCGCUUCAACCACAGACAGGUGAUAGUGGCUCCAUCGCUGACAUGCUGCGUGCAACUGCUGAAGAGGCCCUAUUUCAUACAGGAUAUGUGUUUGAUGAGAACUCUGGAAUGUACUACGAUCACAGCACCGGCUUCUUCUACGAUUCGGCAAAUCAACUGUACUACGAUUCCAACACAGGGAUAUACUACUACUAUGAUGCAGACAGUGGGAAAUAUCAGUUCCAUUCAAAGAUAGAACUGCUCAGCACGCAAACGGACCAUGAGCCUCAUGACCAGAAGACUGCGGACAAGAAGACCAGAAGCAAAAAGAACACUAUUGGUGCUCUUGUCCAUGAAGAUGGGGACAGGACAGGCGAAGGACUGAUGAGCGGUAAAAAUGGACCUGAGGUAGAAUGCCAGAGGAGGAAGAAAUAUGUGACGGGCAAAUGCAGAAAAUCUUGCAGCACAGAACCUGCGGAAAAAGCAAAGAAAUCAAAGAAAAGCUGCCAUAAUCGAAGCCACCAGCGCUCUGUAAAGAAGAAGAAAGCAAAGAAGAAGAAGAGAGAGGAGGAUGACGCACAUUCGGACAGUUCAAAAAGGAGGCAUAAAAAGACUCUGAAGGCUAAAAGAAAGAAGCACAGCUCUCAGCGCCAUGAAGACAAACAGAGGAGCAAGAGAGAGCACAGCACAGAUAGUGAGCUUGAGGAGGGAGAGAUCACAGAGUCGGAGGGACAGAAGUCAACUUCUUCAUCCUCCUCAUCCUCCUCUGACACCCCUAAUAGUCCCAAUACUGAGGAAGCGGCUCCUGAGGCUCCGGAGGCUCCCGAGGCGUGGCCCCCCUGUGUGCGUGUCACAGUGGUCCGUUCUCCAGCAUUACAGAUAGGAAGUCUAUUCAUCCUCACUGCAGAUGCUGCUGCUACUAUUGGCAGGGAGAAGGACCUGGAUCAUGCCGUCCGAAUACCAGAGGUUGAAGUGAGCAAAUCACAUGCCGAGGUAUACUUUGAUCUUGACCAACAAUGUUACAUGCUGGUUGAUCUCGGGAGUCAGAAUGGCACUGUCGUCAAUGGCAAUAGAAUCUUUCAGCCCAAAGUUCGCUGUGAACCUUGUCCUCUCAGCCACGGGGAUGAAGUCAAAAUUGGAGAAACUGUCCUCUCCUUUCAUAUCCACCCAGGAACAGACACCUGUGAUGGCUGUGAGCCUGGACAGAUCAUUGCACAUCUCAGUCGACAUCCCAAAGAACAGAACUCGGGUCAUGUCGUGGGAGAAGACAAAGAGUUGGUGAGGCAGAGAGAGCUAAAACAGAUGAAGGUCAAAUACGGUCUCAAGAGCAGUGACUUUGAGGAGGUAAAGGCCCUCAGCAACCCCUUGUAUAAGGACCGUGCCAAGACCAGGAGGAAGGUGGUUGGCAGUGAGGGGACCUUCCACAGGGAUGAUUCUCCUUCCUCUUUGCAUGUUGAGAUCAGCGAGGUCAACAAAGGGAGGAAAAUGUUGGAGAAGAUGGGAUGGAAAAGAGGGGACGGACUGGGAAAGGAUGGUGCUGGAAUGAAAGAUCCUAUCCAACUACAGGUCCGCAAGGCUCAGUCUGGACUUGGCUCCAGAAUGUUCAUGCCCAUGGAUCAUGGAACCAUGGCAACCACCAAGACCCAGGAGAAGUGGAGGAAAGCCCAGGAGCGCUUUAUUGAGACCUGUCAGACUCCUCCUUCUGAGACUCCUCCUCUGCCUUCUAGCGCAGUUAAAAGCAGGUUAAAAGCUUGGGUAAAAGGGGAGUCCACAGACUGACUGCAGCAUAUAGUUUUACUUUUCCUGUAUGUUUAGGUUAAAUUAAUGAAAUUCAUAAUUGAAUUAGCCAGUUGGAACUGUUAUUGCCGUAUGGAGUCUUUUCAUGCGAUACCGCAGGACUACUUUUAUAUUGAUCCAUAUGGUGAUGUGGCUCUUUGAUCCUUUCAUUCAUUAAAGAUAUCUGUAUGCAGCAAUCAAUUCACAUCUUUUUUUAACUCUAGGGAAAGGUUGUACUGUUGUUUACUGACAUGAAAGUACAAAUUCUGAUGUUAAAUUGUACUGGAGUAAAACCUCUCCCUUCUCAUUCCUAAUCUUGAUAGCCAUUUCUUGUUUGAAGUCCAACAAACCGUCCCAAUAAAUCAAAAUCUACCUUUGAGGUAUUUCAUAUGUA